CGGAGAAGAGGGGGGCUGUGGGGCAUCGUUACAACGGUGGUCGCCGCUAGAAAAGUAGAUAACGACACUCGUAAGUUAAAGUCUGUCAUGAGUUAAAGGGUAGUCAGUCAGCUAAAUGAAGUUUGACAGGCUAACGUCAGGUUUAGCUAUCCUCAAGUAGCUAGCCCCGGUGCUAACGUCAGGUUAUGUCAACGCCAGCUUGUGAGAGCCGCUAGCCUUUUGAAGUUGCUAGUUGACUUAUUGUGGCCAUCUGGGAAAAAGGCGUUAGCUACUGUUACUUCUUUAGCCUGAGCCGGUGACUAGCUAGAAAACGUUAAAGGGUGUGAGCACAUAUCAGCUCACUCACUCUUUAAAAAAAAAAAAGAAACGACCAAAUGUCUUUUACAAUUUAAUUAGCCAUUUGAGCUAGCAAUGCGUACUACAUUAUUUCAGAAUACCGUUAGCUUGCCGGAUAAUUUCACCCUAUGGUACAACUGUGCCCUGCCCAGCAGCGCCACUCAUAGCAUUUCGCAUAAUGACUGACCAUUAUGUAAAAGUCAAGAUUCAAGUGGAGCAAAUGAAAUCACUGGGCGAGGACGCAGAGAAGGAGCAGGGUGUGGACAGUGAGGAGCAGGUGCCAGUGUGUUCCCCCCCUGCUUCUGUCUCACCAGACCCUCCCAGCACCAUCACCAUAGCAGGAAGAGAUACAGCCAACACCUCCAUCACUUGUAAACAGAGUAGUAAAAGUCGAAGUAAGCUGGGGAAAGAUGACAAGAACUCUUAUGGCAAACACAUCUCAAAUGUUCCAUUGCAUGGGUCUGUAGUUUCUGGUCAUAUUGGGAGGAAUCUGAAUAGACUAGGGCAUGAGCGGACACUUCACAUUAAAGGAACUGGGAAGAUACUGCAGGGCAAGUCGGAGACUAAUGGGAACUAUGUUACCAUCCAUCCAUCCAAAAACAUUCAAGAGAAACACCGUGAGGACGGACUCAAACUUGCAAGGAAGAGAAGACCAGUGACAGUGGAUACUGCGAAAGCCAAAACCUCAUUGGAGGCACUGAAGAUAAGCAUCAAGCAACUUAAGUGGAAAGAGUUUCCUCUGGGAAGACGAGCAGCCUGUGAUAUCUACUGGCAUGGCGUUUCCUUCCAUGACAAUGAAAAUAUCGUCUCAGGGCAGGUGAACAAGUUCCCAGGGAUGAUUGAAAUGCUGAGGAAGAUCAACCUGAGUCGGGCAAUGCGGACUAUGCAGGAGUUAUUCCCCGAAGAGUACGACUUCUAUCCCCGUUCCUGGAUCCUGCCUGAGGAGUGCCAGCAGUUUUCCACCCAGAUUCGCAUGGUGAAGGAGAACGAUGCCACAGUAAAUCCCACCUUCAUUGUCAAGCCAGACGGAGGCUCUCAGGGGGACGGCAUCUACCUCAUUCGUGACCCUAGUGACCUAAAGAUCAUGGUGGGAUCACAGGCCAAACAGUCUGUGGUCCAGGAGUACAUCCAGAGGCCGCUACUCAUUGACAAGCUCAAGUUUGAUAUCCGCCUCUAUGUGCUGUUAAAGUCCCUGCAGCCACUGGAGAUCUACAUUGCCAAGGAAGGUCUGACACGUUUUUGCACCGAGCCCUACCAGGAACCAAGCCAGAAGAACCUGAGCCAUGUCUUCAUGCACCUGACAAACUACUCCCUCAACGUCCACAGCGGCAACUUUGUCCACUCAGACAGCCAGAGCACAGGCAGCAAGCGCACUCUGUCCAGCGUGCUGUACAGGCUGGCAGCUAAAGGCGUAGACAUCAAGAAGGUGUGGUCGGACAUCAUCGCCCUUGUCAUCAAGACUUCCAUCGCCGUGGUGCCUGAACUUAGAGUCUACUAUCAGGCUGAUAUACCGCCUGGUAAACCGGGACCCACUUGCUUCCAGAUAUUAGGUUUUGACAUCCUCCUGAUGAAGAACCUGAAGCCAGUAUUACUAGAGGUCAACUCCAACCCCAGUAUGAGAAUAGAACAUGAACAGGAGGUGGCUCCAGGAGUUUUUGAAUAUGUUCCCAGUCCGGUCGACGAAGAGGUUAAAGUGAGUGUGAUCCGGGACACUCUGCGCCUUAUGGACCCCGGCCACAGGAAACCCUCAAUUUCCCAACUGAGGGCUGCUGGGCUGGAGCAGGGGGAGGAGAUUCCCAUGGAGGCGGAGACUCAAGAGGAUGAAGGAGCUCUGCCCUCGCUGUGUCUGAAGCAGGUCUACCCCAAAUAUACCAAACAGUUCAACUACCUGCGGCUGGUGGAGCGAAUAGCAUCUCUCUUCAUACGCUUCCUGGGGGUCAAGGGUAACAUGCGUCUGGGCCCCACUGCCUUCCGAACCUUCAUCAGGACCUGUAGGCUGAGCAACAGUAACUUCUCCAUGGCUUCAGUGGACAUCCUCUACAUAGACAUCACACGUCGUUGGUCAGGAACAAUGCCUGACUCUAGAGAAGCAGGUAUGGGACUACAAGCAUUUGUGGAAGCCUUUUUCAACUUGGCAGGUCGCAGGUUCAAAUCCCUGGCGCUGAGGGAGCAGGUCGUGUCGCUGCUGGAGCUGUGCGAGGCUCAGCUGGAGACCCAGUCGUGCGUCGAGGAGAGGCGCUCCGUGAGCUGCAGCAGGGCGAUGCCACGAGCCAUCAAGACUCAGACGCUGGGCCUCGCCAACCCGCAGCUCAACUCCCCCGCUCCCCUGCGACGGGCAUCCAGCCAGGACUACCGGCUGCAUCAAAGACUCAAGCCUCGCACACUCAGGGCAAACGUGGAGAACUGACGAAGGAGGGGAGGGCGGGGGGGCUCCAACUAGACAUCCAACUCCCAAACACUGCCUUUAGCCUUCUCCACAGGAGCAGGGAAAUUAGGUGUCCCUCUCUCAUCUGAAGCUCCUGCACAGGGGAGGGGGGUGAUGGGAGCUGAGAGAAGGACUUGCUUGACCCCUGCUGGCUGACUUGCAGGAGAACUGUUCACAGCCUGAUUGCUUUUUCUUCAGAGGAGGAAGAUGUCCACAGGAGGGGGUGGGGAAGAUAUAGAGUGUGGGAUAUAAGGAGGAUGGUGCAUUUCUUUCUCCUCUCCUGGUGUGAUCAUAUAUGAAAUGGUCCAGUCAGGAAGAGAGUACGGCUGCUUUUAAUAUACUUACUGAUUCUACAGGGCAGCUAUUUGCUUCCCUUCACCUUUUUCUGCGGCAACAACCUACACUAAGACAAACUUUCUUUUCAGGGAUAACAUUAAAUAAUCCAGCUUCAUGUUCAAAGCAGUUUCACACAUGAAUAAAUAAAUAAAUAAAUGGGUGUAAGGGAAUGUCCUUAGUGUGUGUAUUAUAUUCUUGAAUUUGCACAACAACUAUUACAUUUGCACAGAAAUGGAUGUGAGGGUGACUGAGCAUUUGUGUGGGCAUAUUGUGUAUGUCUGAGUGCAUGUGUACUGUAUUUAUUUGUGUUUAGCUCAAUGGUGGAAGCCUAUUUAUACCGCCAGUGGCUCAGCUGUGCGUCCCAGCUCCGUGAGCCCAUUAGUGAUGAGUUAAGUGAAUAAGUAUUCAAAGGGAAAAGGCCACGCCGCCACUUAUCCUCUUUCAGUUCAGCAGCUAUUCCAGUCAGGCAGCCCUCAGAACCUCCAGCGAACACAUUUUUAGGAUGAUUACUUUCUAGCCACACAACUGCCAUUAGGAAUUAAUUAUUUCACAUGUAAUUGCAUGGCACAAAAUUUAGUCACAUGCAUUGUUUCUUAAAUGUGAUUCAGAUAGCCUUUGUAAUCUGACCUCAUCUAUCUGAUCUCAUGUGUGAUGUGGCUUCACACAAAACUGCCACUGGUGGACGCCAGCCUGAAAGGUUUUACAUUGUCACUGUUAUUUCAAAUUGUAAACACUAAAAUUACUUGCUGAACGUUAAUUUAAUCGUAUGUUUGUUUAUGAAGAUUAUCAAAUGAAUUUGUCACAUGCAGACCAAUAAUGGAGUGUUAUGUAAAAGAACAAUCAAAGACGGUUAAUUAUACAUGGUAAAUUUGUGCUAUACGUGCUGUAGGACUAACCUAUGUACUGCAGUAUGUAAUUGUUAAGUAGUAUUUAUAAGGUCAUUAACAGUGAUUAUAUGAAUGAAAUGUAUUAAUAGCACUGCAACAAAUAAAGGUUAUUUUGCUCUUUGAACUGAAAA